AAACGUUGUGUAUACUUGAUGAUUGAAACAGCGAUUUAUAUUACCCAUAAAAAAUAAUACAGAUUAUGAAUUUUUUUAUUGCAUAUUGCUGCAUACCUUUAAAGAUUUACUUCAACACUUCUACCGUCAGAAAAUGUGCUUGGUGAUACUUUCAAGCCUUCUAUAUCUAUUAUGUAUAAUAGCUAUUGGAUCAGCAUCUUCAAGUAAGGAACCAGAAGAGGCCGUAUCAUCCAUUGAGCACCACGACAACUGGCGACAUUUAGACAGAAAAAACUGCGGUCGAACUCGCUACGAUGACAUCCGAGGGCGGAUCAUUGACGGAGACGAAGCUAAAAUCGGCCAAUUUCCGUGGCUGGUGAGGAUCGGCGUACGGAUUUCGAAAAUUCGUCUUUUCACCUGCGCAGGAUCCCUUCUGAACAGAUACUAUGUGCUUUCUGCAGCUCAUUGUGGUGACCGAAAUAACAUUGUCACAUUAGGAGAACACAAUGUUUUAACGCCUCAGGAUUGCGAAGCCGGUAUUUGUGCAGAUCCGCUUCAAGAGAUAAAUAUAAAAAGGUACCACUUCUUCGACUACAAUCCUAAGGAUCACAAGAGGGAUUUUAGUUUGAUAUUACUAGAAAAUGCCGUGGUAUAUAACGAUUUCGUUGUGCCUGUCUGUUUACCGCACGGAAAGGUAUUAACGGAAGAUUUGACGGGCAAAAACGUGAAAGUUGCCGGUUGGGGAUACACGAAUUCCACGACACAUGAUCAAGCAGUCAAACUCAUGUAUAUCGUUGCGCCGAUAAUUGAUAAGUCUGUUUGUAACUCUAUCUUCCACCACGGAAUGGAUGAAACCCAAUUGUGCAUAGGUUAUGAACAUGGGAAAAAAGAUUCCUGUAGCGGCGAUUCUGGAGGUCCGGUAACAAAAUUCAUGAAGGCUUCAACAACGAAAAGGCAACACUAUCAGAUCGGUAUAGUCUCAUAUGGACUUGUCGACUGUGGAGGUGGUCCGGCAAUAUAUACAAACGUCAUCCACUACAUGCCCAAAAUACUGGACAUAAUUACAAAGAGUUAAUAAAAAGUUGCAGAAACUA